GUGCCGGUACCUGGCGGUGCAGCUGUCCCCGGCCAUCCCCGUGUUUGCAGCAGUUCUCUUCCUGUUCGCCAUGGCCACGCUCCUGCGGACCAGCUUCAGCGACCCCGGCGUGAUCCCCAGGGGGGUGCGCCUGCAGCUGGCUCCGCUUGAGCUCAGUGUGGAGGCCACCAAUGGGACGGUGCCACAGGGCCAGCGCCCACCCCCUCGCAUCAAGAAUUUCCAGAUCAACAACCAAAUCGUGAAGCUGAAGUACUGCUACACGUGUAAGAUCUUCCGUCCGCCCCGGGCCUCGCACUGCAGCAUCUGUGACAACUGUGUGGAGCGCUUUGACCAUCACUGCCCCUGGGUGGGCAACUGCGUGGGGAAGAGGAACUACCGCUACUUCUACCUCUUCAUCCUCUCGCUCUCACUCCUCACCAUCUACAUCUUCACCUUCAACAUAGUCUACGUAGCACUGAAAUCUCUGAAGAUUGGGUUUCUGAACACAUUGAAGGAAACCCCAGGGACUGUACUGGAGGUGCUCAUCUGUUUCUUCACCCUGUGGUCAGUGGUGGGGUUAACUGGGUUCCACACCUUCCUGGUGGCACUGAAUCAGACAACCAAUGAAGAUAUCAAGGGGUCCUGGACUGGGAAGAACCGUGUGCAGAAUCCCUACAGCCAUGGCAACAUAGUGAAGAACUGCUGUGAGGUGCUCUGUGGACCCCUGCCCCCCAGCGUCCUGGACAGACGGGGCAUCUUGCAGCAGGAGGAGAGCACGGCGCAGGAGUCGUCGUGCCCGCAGGGGCCCAGUGCUGUCCCUGCGCCAUCCCUGAGCCACACUGAGAUGCCAGAGGAGAAGCAGCUAACGUCUGGGGAGCUCUCAGUCCCACCCCAGGACGCUGGGAAAGCAGAGCACUAG